GGACUCCAGUGGUGGAGAAGACCAUGCUUAGCUUCACUUAACCCCGGUUAAUUCCCCCAAUGCAUCUCUAUAUAUGGUAGGCCCCCGGCUCGCCGGUUUCCUCCUCUCUUUUCCCUGAUUAAAUCCUUCAGGGAAAGGUUGCAGGGAGUGGGGGGAGGGGGAGAGAGCGACCGAGAGAGCUGUUCUCCUGCUCUCUUUUUCUUCUAGUCAACCGUUGACCAGCGAUGGGAGCGGCGCCGGAGUGCGGAGGGCCGAUGAGCCGGAGGAGUGGCGACGACGGCGACGAGGACGGGGGCGUGGCGGGGUUAGCUCUUGGGAAGGCGAACUGGUGGCCGCCGGGGGUCCGGUUCCACCCGACGGACGAGGAGCUGGUGCUCUACCAUCUGAAGCGCAAGGUCUGCCGCCGCCGCUUCCGCCUCCCCAUGAUCGGCGACGUCGACGUCUACAAGUGGGAGCCCUGGGAACUCCCUGAAAAAUCACUGUUGAAGAGUGGUGACAAGCAAUGGUACUUCUUCAGCCCCAGAGACAGGAAGUACCCUAAUGGAUCGAGAUCCAAUCGAGCUACCAAAUGUGGCUACUGGAAGGCUACAGGAAAGGACCGGACCAUCUCUCAGAAGUCCAAGGCUGCGGGUAACAAGAAAACCCUGGUUUACUACCGUGGCCGUGCUCCUAGGGGAGAACGCACCGAUUGGGUUAUGUACGAAUAUACCUUGGAUGAUCAGCGGCUCAUGAGCUGCAGCAACGUGCAGGAUUCUUAUGCUCUCUAUAAGCUCUUUAGGAAGAGUGGACCUGGUCCAAAGAAUGGGGAACAGUAUGGUGCACCUUUCAGAGAAGAGGAGUGGGAUGAUGAUGACAAAGAUGAUAGCUUAAACCAGAACAGCAAGGAAGACACCAUGCCUGGACGUCCUCAUGGUGGUGACUCCACCGGCUUGUUUGGUGAUGAGGGGAGCAUGCUUCCAAUGGAUGAUCUGGAGGACCUUUUGCUACAAAUAUCGGAUGAACAAGAUAUAAUUCCACAGCCUUCUGAAUGUUCUGCAUAUGUUUCAGAGAUUGAUGUUGAAGCAGAAGUUGGAAGCCUUACUGUGGUGCCAUCUCUUGGAGAUGCUAAUUUUACUGAACAGAACCUCAACUGGUGCGAGUUGAUCAAUGAGGAACCAGACCUUCAAAUCGCUGAGCCAGAUCCUCCUGACAUGCUGCAUAUUGAGACUCCUGUGAUAACAUCCAUCAAUUUUUCUGAUCAGGGCCAACUCCGAAUUGAUGAAGAGUUCUUGGAAAUCAGAGAUUUCAAUGAUCCAGAGUCCACGGAGUGGAGAGUAGAUGAUGCCAGUGACAGGGACAUUGUUCAUGACACUGGUGGAUUUUAUGAUACUUAUGGUUAUUUUGAUGCCCCCAUGUUUUUAGCUGAAGAAUUCGAGCCUCUUGAUGGAGCAGGCCAGAAUCCAUAUUUUGAUGAAACCGAAGCAUCUCUUAUCACCACCGAGCUAUGGACACAUGAGCAGGAUUUCAGUGCGUCAACCGGAGAGUCAGAUCAUGUUAUCACGGCACCACCAGCUUCAGGUAUUGUAAAUGCUAGUACAUCAAAUGUUGGAGUGAAUACCCAGGGGCAGUUUAGUUCUGUUAGAGGUGCUUCAGACUCUUGGUUCGGUUCGGCACUCUCAGCCUUACUAGAUUCUGUACCAAGCAGGCCUGCAAUAGCCUCUGAGAAUGCUUUAAUAAGUAGAGCAUUUCAACGUGUUUCAAGCUUCAGAGCAGGGCAGAUUGGAGCUCAAGAACCAAAUGCCACAACAGGUGGAGGCAUUGUGGCCUCUGGGAGGCAGAGGGGGAGCCACAACGGUGGAUUUCUUUUUAUCUCAUUCCUGGUUGGACUGGUUGCUGUCUUUUGGGUGUUGACAAUUGGAGUUGCAUUAAAAGUUUUCAGGGGUUUAUGGGGCAAGUUCAUAUCAUCAUAGAUUUUGAUGAUAUACACAACAUUUCGCUGAUGGAGGUUCAGAUCUCCUCCAAUGGAUCCUAAGAUGUUGGCAUGGGUUAUGGUGAAGAGCAGUUAUCUGACUCACCACUUUAGCAUCUGAAUUUAGUCUCUUUCAUGGAUAUGUGAUGCAGGCUUGUAGAUAUUCCCUGCAUCUGGUCAUUUCUUAAAUUUCUACAUCAAGCUGCAAAAAUGGUACAUUAGUUCGUGGAUUCCCUGUUGACAAUAGCAGCUGAGUGACUUGGACCGUCUCUUCCCAUGCUGGUUAGUUGCGUCCGGAACAUGACUAGUGUUGUUGUCUUAUUCACAAAUUGGACAGGGAACCGUACAUGGAUUGCAUUUAGUUGAAUGUUUGAAUGGUGUUGGUAUAAAAACAUUGAUCCACCUUGCGGUUAUGACAUGGAUGAACGUUUCAAAAUAAAAAUUUCAAUUUUCUUUUGUAAA